AACCUGGGAUCUCAUCAGCACAGACACUGGCCAGAGCAAGUUCCUUAGCUUACAACAUGUUUGACCUUGAUUCCUGGCCUCAUACUCUUCACAGUGUCCUGCUAUUGACCCUACUGCUGAGACUCACAGGAGCAGCUACACAGAAGGAGCUGAAGGUGAUUCAGCCUGAGAAAUCAGUUUCUGUUGCUGUUGGAGACUCAGCUACUCUGAACUGCACUGUGACCUCCCUGCUCCCUGUGGGGCCCAUUCAGUGGUUCAGGGGUACAGGGCAGAGUCGGCACCUAAUAUAUAGUUUCACAGGAGAUAAGUUCCCCAGAGUCACAGAUGUUGCAGAUACUACAAAGAGAAACAACCUGGACUUUUCCAUCCGCAUCACUAAUGUCACACCUGCUGAUGCUGGUACCUACUACUGUGUGAAGAUCAUCAGAACAGAAUCUGACAGGGAGAUUCCGUCUGGGGGAGGCACAGUGCUGAAUGUGCUUGCUAAACCGUCUCCUCCUGUGGUGUCGGGCCCUGCAGGCAGAGUUAGUCCUGGGCAGACAGUGAGCUUCACAUGCAAGUCCCAUGGCUUCUCUCCUCGGAACAUCACACUUAAGUGGUUCAAAGAUGGAAAUGAGCUCUCUCACUUCCAAACUACUGUGGACCCCAAAGGAGAAAGUGUCUCCUACAAUCUCUCCAGCACAGCCCAGGUGGUGCUGAGCCCUGGGGAUGUCUACUCUCAGAUCAUCUGUGAGGUGUCCCAUGUCACCUUGCAAGGAGGCCCUCUUCGUGGGACUGCCAACUUGUCUGACACCAUCCGAGUUUCACCCACUAUGGAGAUCAGCCAGCAGCCACCAAUGGUAUGGAAUCUGAUAGGUGUCACCUGCCAGGUGCAUAAGUUCUACCCUUCAAGCCUUCAGUUGUCCUGGUUAGAGAAUGGAAAAGUAUCCCGGAUAGAAGAGCCUUCUAUAUUUGCAGUAAACAAGGAUGGAACCUACAGCUGGACUAGCUGGUGCUUGGUGAAUGUAUCUGCAUAUGAGGAGGACAUGUUAUUCACCUGCCAAGUUGAGCAUGAUAGACAGCCAGCAGUCCUAAAAACCCACACUGUGGUGAUCAGUGUACAGCAGGGGGAACAUGGUAUUGGCACCAUGUCUGAACUGAAGACAUCAAAUGCUGCUGAAAUCCUUGUAGCUGUGCUCCUUGGACCCAAACUGCUACUGGUAAUUGGUGCCGUUGCCAUCUACAUGUACAAGAAGCAGAAGGCUUGACUCUCUUCUCUUCAUCUUCUCCAAUGUUGGACCCUGAGUAACUGACAUCACCUUUCUUGGAGGGGCUCAGACUACAAGAAGCUGGUGGGAAGCCGUGGAAGGCUGCUACAAAUGCCUCCCUUAAGAGGACAACUCCAACUCAGAAUUCUCUGUUGUUUCUCUGCCUAAACAUUGAUAGCUCAUAGUUGUGAUGCUGUGGUUUUUGGAUUCUAUU